AGAUUCCAGUUUAAGAUCCACGUUCCGUUCGCAUUUCGUCUUCCUAGGACAGUUGCGUUGCGCCGCUCUGUUCGACUUCGCGAUCGUCUACCCCCGUCACCGCUAUUGUAUCGCAUCGCAUCGCAUACUCCCGGUAGCUUCGUCCGUCACGGUCUGCUCAUCCCAGCACCGUGUCAACACGUCGAUCGAACCCUGGAUAGUCGCCUUAGCGUGACGUGAGUGCCUCUGUUCUUGCUUGUGGUCAGAUAUAAUAAUCUCCUCGUGCUGCCCAUCUGCUAUCUCUCGAUCUACCCUUAUCUCCCGACCCAUCUCCACGGGCUUCGUGGCCUCUCUGUCCGAGCCAUCAUCUGACUCAUUCGGUCACAGUGCACCCUUCAGACCCCUCGUGAUCAUGGCUCUUCCAACUGCCACUUCCAGCAUCGCCAUGGCGCUCGCUGGUAAGACUGCAUCGAUGGAUAUACCCAGACCUCGCGAUUCGCCUUUCGCGUCGGGUGGCGGUAGGGACAGCUUUGCUGCUCGUUCCGGCCAUCAUCAUGGGCAACUGCCCACCCCUCCCAACUCCAUAUCGCCAUCGCUCCCUCCGCAGGCGUUCAAACACCAAGCCAAGAUGGCUGGCACUCCUCCCUCAGCACCCGCCCAGGUGGACUCGGAUAUCGAUCUCCAGGACGCGACGGACCACGGCAAGAGCCAGGGCCAGCCGCAGCAGUCUUCCCUGACUGCUGGUUUGAGUGGUCUGGAGAGCGCAGGAGCGAUCACGCCCGCCAUGCUUGCCAAGUAUCAUCUUCCUGAGAUCUUGCUGAACCAUGGCCCGCUGGCGAUCCGCCAUGUGAUGGGCUAUUUGACAACUUCUGUUCCAGGCUUCGCGGGGAUCCCUCCAGCGAAAGCGCGCAGACUGGUAGUCGGUGCUCUGGAAGGCAGAGGUAGUGUUGGUGAAGGCGGAGGAGUGAAUGGUGAAGUGAUCUUUGAAAAGGUCGGAUGGGGACGCUGGGAUGCGCGUCGACGGGGUCAGGCGUCGCGAGACCGUCACGCUCAGAAUCCGUCUCCUCCUUCCAGCGUGCCCAACUCCUACCAUCCACAGGGCAUGCAGAUCCCGAACAGACGGUCCUGGAUGGGCAAGGAAAAUGCAGCUCCCUAUGGGACCAGCAUGACCGGUGACUCCAUCGUCUUCUCCCACUCUGAGGAAAUGGAGUAUGGAGACCAUGAGGACGUUUCCAUGCUGGAGCAUGAGGCGGACAAAAUGUCCCUCGACGGCGAUGGGCGGGAAUACUGUUCGUCCUCAGAGGCCCCCGACGACGCUGAAGAUUGGGACGAAGGCGACGUCACCGACGAAGAAGAUUGGGCCCAGAUUGGAGCUGACGCGCUCCGAGCGAGGUCUUUCAACUCUGGGGGUGGCAUUGUACAUAAUAAUAUCGCCAUCCCCUCGAGACAGCCACUCCAGCACGCUGGUGGUCCAGUCUCGUCGGCGCUGGCCAAGUCUGUGCCAGGCCGUCUUCCUAUUCAACAUAUUGGAUUUACCCUUCCAGAGGGACUGGGUGGCGACCAAGAGGAACGAGCCGCAGUUGAGGCCCUUCUGCGACUCGGUUCUAUGUAACAUCAUAUUCAU